CAAGUGUUGUGUUAAUUAAGGUUAUGGCUGUAAUGUAAUUUCUCGCGAUCGGAUAGUGAGUUUUAUUUGGAAGAAUGGAUGUUAACAGUUCCAUUUCAUGUUUUUCAGAUGCGAAAUCGGAGUAUUCAUCUUCCACUUGUGAAUCUUUCGAAGCUACUCUUGAGAGCAGUUCUUUUUUAUUAAAUAAAAGUGGCACCAUAGACUGUAUGGCUAGUUCAAAUAGUAGGCCUAUAUCUCGAUCGGAAAACAAAAGAGGGAGACCUAAGGCAGCUGUUAUAACAAAUCUAAUGCUUCAAGGCUCAAAUUCUAUAAGUGAUAUAAAAUGCAAAUUUUGUUGCCGCGUAUUUCCUAGAGAAAAGUCUCUCCAAGCACAUCUUCGUACCCAUACAGGAGAGAGACCCUAUACUUGCGACUAUCCAGGAUGUACAAAGGCUUUCACCCAGAGCGGACAGCUUAAAACACAUCAGAGGCUACACACUGGCGAGAAGCCUUUUAUGUGUUCAUACACAGGAUGUGGAAUGCGGUUCACCCAUGCAAACCGCAGGUGCCAAGAUCACCCGUUCUUGCCGUUGUCUCGGUGUGACUCGUCUGCUGCAGUGCUGCGCCCAGUGGAAACUAACCCAUACCAAUCUGAAGCCGUUAUGGAGUGGCUUGAAAGGUACAAAAAAGAGAAAAAAGAACAACAACCAGUCAAGCCAUUGGACUCUUGUAAGAGGAGGGCUGACGAAGUGGAAAACAACGUCCAUUGUUAUCCCAAAAAGAAGAAAUUGACAAAGAACACCGUUAAGAAACAAGAAAUUUAUAAAUCUCCUGAGAAAGUUCCAGAAACGGAUUUUCAGUGGACGAACUGGGCGUUUAAUGUGAUGACCCCUGAGUCACCCAAGAAGAAAGAGGCGAGGUUGGAGUUACCUAAGAAACGGUGGCUAAGAGAAGCGACCAUGGAACAAAACAUGGAUAACUGUCGCAGCCUGAACCAGAGUCGUCCUACUGUGUUGGUGAGAGCCGGAGCCGACUCGCGACCUGUGUCCCCUCCAUGGACCCCUUCGACCCCAAACCCUUACCUGGGACCCUCACACACAAGCACACCCCUUAAUCUCAUCACCCCUGUCUCUAUCUGUACUCCUGAUAUGACACACCAACUACUAUCUCCCAGAGAAAGUGAACUCUCUCCGUCCAAGAUCCACAAGGAAGAGGAACUAGCCGUUCCUCUUCCAUCAGAAGAUGAUAUGAGUUUUACCCUUCCUCUAAACUUAUCUCAGUAUUCUGGGUCAUCCUUAUUCGAAUAGUUUCAAGUCUCUCUAGUCUCAAUGAUUCCUUCACUGUCCUAUCUCUUUGAUUCAUAUUUUGUAAAUAACUUUUCAGGGUUUUAACAAAGUAUUUUAAUGAACAACAGCACUAUUGUUUAAGCAGAACAAGUUCUCUUCCAUUUGUGUAAUGGAAAUAAAAUAACAAUACUACUACCUUUUUCAAGUUGGUUAUUGGCAUGGUUAUUGGAACCAUGCAAAUAAGUUUGAUAUUUUUUCCUACCACUGCAUGGAAAUGAUCACAUUGCCAAAUCUGUAAACAGUGCGUAAAAUUGUUCAUCUUUGCUCGCUAAAUCAGCUGAUUUCACUGUUGGCGAUUCUAUAAAACAGUAACAUCCGGCAAGCAAAUAACACGGCCUAAAAAAGCAAACAUAACCUAAAUGACAUUUUAUAUACAACUAAAAAGUUAGUCUGUUAAAAGUUAGAUAAGUUAAUUACGGUGGUAGGAAAAAUCUUGUGUGAAUUAAUAGCACAAACAGUCAUUGCCGCUCUCGAAAUUUAUGGCCGCCAUCUACAUUUCUCGAGCGGCAAUGACGUACUUUGCGCUCUUAUUUCACAAAUAGCUAGAUUUACAUUUUCCUUGUGUGUUCUCCGUGCUACUCUCAGCUUGGCAAAAGAGUGAAUGUUUAAGGCUUAGAAAAAAGAAACAAUCAGAGGACGCUUGUUUGGGGCAUUAGAUCGCACAUCUAGGAGUUUAAAUGUGGAUCACUAAGUAGCACAACAUCUAAGAAUACUAAUUGGAUAAGAUGAGUGAGAAGAAGAGUGCUAUGAUGCUGCAAUCUCAGCUAGUAAACUUGACAACACCUGUUAGUUAACUCAUCAGUUUACCAUUGUCAAAGUCCUCCAAUUGGUCCUAAUCUGUGUCAAGGUUAGUUCUAUAAUUGAAAUGUAUGUAUUAUUAUUUUAAUAUUUUUGUAUGGUUUAAUUUUAAUUUGCACUGUUGAUGGACAUAAAUUAAAUUUAUGCCCCAUCUGAUUUUAAUAAUGCUAGUGAUGUACUACAGAGUCUAACUCCCUUCGUUGUUUAAUAUAGUUUCAUUUUAUCGUAUUGCUCAGAACGACUUUUGAACUAAUAUACAAAGUUUACAGUAACUUACUUGUUCUCCCCAAAGUGACCUCCUCCAUUGAGUAUGGUUAUGUUUUUUCUACUAUCAACCAGGUGUGCUGUAACCUUUAUGUAAUAGUUUAUUAUUAUAUUUAGUUCAAAAUAAAAAUUGUAACUUUUUAUAAUGAGUGUAUUUAAUUGCUGUUUUAUAAACAGAGUGUCACACUCAAAUAGGUAAUGUUAGUUGAAUCCCAAUACAGUAUGUUUAUUUUAAUACGAUUUUAAACUGCCUUCAUGUUAAGUUAACAUUGAUACCUGCAAAUGAUGAAUGUUUUCCUCUACAAAUAGGUGAAAUGCCAUGAUUAUAACAUCACAAAAUACGACUUAAUACCUAUUUAUUCUAAACUACAUAAUGUAACAGUUAAUAGUAUUAGUCAAGAACGAGUGCGUAGUCAAUUUUAGGUAAAUAUGUCAGCUGAUAGUUAUAGAUAGUUUUUAAAAAGUGUAAAAUAAUAUGUUUUUAACUGUAAAUAAUUUAAAGGGACUAUUUUUGUAUUCACAUAACAAAUUUUAAUGCUUAGCAAUAAAAGUGUUCAACACAAAGUUUAAAAAAAUAAUGGUAGGAGAACGACAUAUGCUUUGUUCUGAAAAGUGGAGUUAGUUUUAACUGGGACUGGUCGCAGAGGUGGAAAGUAUGGACAGUUCUCUAUAUUUCACAUCGAGUUGUGUUAACCAAAUAUUUAGCUAGUCUCGCCUUGUGUAUUAUUUAAGCUUUCUUCCCUAUAGCUUUUCUAAUAAUGUUGUCUGUUUUUCACAUUUUGUAAAGAAAAUUAUAAAAGAAAUAUUUUAA